GCACCAAGUUGUUGUACUACGGGAGCAAAUCGGGCAAUGAAUUACUAGCUAGUAGCUAGAACACCAAAGUAGCUAGAUAGGCAGCUAAUUAUCGAAUAUAAACCAGGGAGGAGAUUCAGGAGUUAACACCAAGAAAGAGCUCUCGAUAAACUAGUGAAAUAAAUGCCUUUACGCUGAAAAAUGGGUGGAGAUGUGUGUAAAUAGAAGCUAGUAACUUAGCAGGCUGUCAACCCAAUUUUCAAAGCCAGAUAGGUUUUUUUUGUUUGUUGUUGAUAUCAUUAGCUAAUUGGUUGGCAAACAUUAACUAGAAAUUUAUAAAUCGAUUAACCGUGUCAUCUCGUGUGUUGAUAGCUAGUUAACUAUUUAACUAGCUUGCUAUUAUGACAGUCGAAACAUUGGUAACUAGUUGCGCUUGGAAAUCGAACGAGCAGGCUCUUCAAGAGGAUAGCUUUAGUUAGCCUAAGGUGGCUACGGUCAUUCAAUUAUCCAAAGCUGAUAGUAAACAACAUCUACGCGUUAUUGUGAAUAGGUAUUGAUUGCAAACCACUCGACACUUGGCAAACAUCACCGGGAAAUGAAGAAGUUCUUCGAUUCACGCCGGGAACUUGUGAGUUCCGGGCCUGGUUCUGGAGCGGGUGGAGGAGGCACUGGGUCCGGCAGCAGCGGUGGCAGUUUCAUUGGACGGGUAUUCACCAUUGGACGGUAUCAAGUGACCGUUGAUGAAACUGUUGCUGAAGGAGGCUUUGCCAUUGUGUUCCUGGUGCGGACCCACCAGGGGGUCCGCUGUGCCCUGAAGAGAAUGUACGUCAACAACGAGCACGACUUGCAUAUCUGCAAGCUAGAGAUCCAGAUCAUGAGGGACCUUGUGGGCCACAGGAACAUUGUGGGGUUCCUGGACUCCAGUAUAACUGCAGUGGGAUCAGGAGAUGUCUGGGAGGUCCUCAUCCUCAUGGACUUCUGUCGUGGCGGUCAGGUGGUGAACCUGAUGAACCAGCGUUUGCAAACAGGCUUCACUGAGGCAGAAGUGCUGCAGAUCUUCUGUGACACCUGCGAGGCUGUGGCCCGCCUCCACCAGUGCAAGACGCCAAUCAUCCAUCGAGAUCUCAAGGUGGAGAAUAUCCUGCUCCAUGACCGGGGACACUACGUGCUGUGUGACUUUGGUAGCGCCACCAACCGCUUCCAGGACCCUCAGACAGAGGGCGUUCCACUGGUGGAGGAGGAAAUCAAGAAGUACACUACUCUGUCAUACAGAGCCCCAGAGAUGAUCAACCUUUACAAUGGCAUGGUCAUCACUACAAAGGCAGACAUCUGGGCUAUGGGCUGCCUACUGUAUAAACUGUGCUACUUCACCCUGCCAUUUGGGGAGAGCCAAGUGGCCAUCUGUGACGGCAGCUUCACUAUACCAGACAACUCCCGCUAUUCCCCGGACAUGCACUGCCUCAUCAGAUACAUGCUAGAGCCUGACCCAGAGCUGAGACCAGAUAUCUACCAAGUGUCCCACUUCUCCUUCAGGCUGGCCGGGAUAGAAUGCCCCAUCCGGAACGUACAUAACUCUCCUAUUCCUACAAAACUCCCUGAACCAAUCAGAGCCAGUGACGCUGUGGCCAAAAAGACUCAAUCCAAAGCCAGGCUCUCAGAUCCUGUCCCCACAAUGGAGACGUCCAUCACGCCCCGUUCACGCCCCAAAGCUGGAGGGGCCCAGUCCAUAGGCAUCCUGCCCAUCCAGCCGGCCCUCACCCCACGCAAGAGACCCAACAUGGCUGCAGGAGGGCCCCAGCCCAUAGGUGUUUUAGGCACAGCCCAGCCUGCAGUUGCUGUCCAAUUAGUCCAGCAGGCCACACCCCCACUGGCUCAGACCGCCCCUUCGCAGCCCAUUGCCACGCCCCAGCAUCAGCAGGGUCUCUUCAUGAAGCAGCAGGCUGCAGCCUUCUUCAGCCCACAGCAGCAGACCAACCAGCAUCUGGCUCCUGGACGUGGGCUCCACAAGGUUGGCACCCUGACACCCCCCUCCUCCCCAAAGAUGCCCCCCCGAGGCAGUCACAGACGCAUCCUGAGUGACGUCACCCACAGUGCUGUGUUUGGGGUCCCAAUCAGCAAGUCAACCCAGCUACUGCAGGCGGCUGCAGCCGAGGCCAGCCUCAACAAGUCCAAGUCAGCAAGCACCACCCCCUCUGGCUCCCCCUGCUCCUCCCAGCAGAGUGUGUACCAGCCAGGGGAGGGCGGUGCCCAGACAGCCCCCUCUGUACCCACUGGCAGCUGGAACCCUUUUGGUGAUGACAACUUCUCCAAGCUCUCUGCAGAGGAGCUGCUCAACAAGGACUUUGCCAAGCUGGCCGAGACUACAACAGGGGAGAGGGCCAGCCUCUCCACAGAGAACCUCAUCUCAGGGCUGCAGCCUGUCUCUGCUGCUGGGGCCACAUGCAAGGCUUUCUCAGCUGAGAGAACUGCGGACAUCCUGGGUUUGGAUGCAGGCUCAGCGAUGUUGAGUGUCCCGGACCCCUUUAACGCCCUCUCUCUCUCUGACACCACAGAGAAGCUGAUUGAGGGACUGAAGUCCCCUGAGACAUCUCUGCUGUUCCCUGACCUUUUACCCCUGGCUGACCCCUUCAGCAGCUCUGCAGAGGGCAACAGCAAUGCAGUGAAGGCUGAGAUGUGUGUGGACUCUCUCAUCCCGGGCCUGGAUACAGUCUCAGCCAGCCUGCCAGACUCUCUGGCUGGAGAGGACUCUCUGCUGGGCUGCUCUCUGCUAUCUCACACCUCCACCCCUGGGGAUCAAACUAUCUGUGCACCACCCUCCUCCUGCUCCUCUGCCACUCCUGGCUCUGCUUCUUGUCUGGACAAGCUAGCUCCAGUCUCAUUUGGCACUGCCCAGACAUCUGCUGAAUCUGCUUACCUCAUGUUGGGCUUCCAGCCGCCCGAGGCUGGGGAGAAGGGCACUGAGGACGAGUUUGACCCCAUCCCUGUGCUCAUCUCCAAACACUCCAACAACCAAGGUGGUCACUCGCGCAGCAACAGUGGCACUUCAGAGUCCAGCAUCCCCAACUUGGCCCGCUCCCUUCUGCUGGUGGAUCAGCUCAUCGACCUCUAGGGGGUGGGAGAGAGAGGUCGAAGGGGCAGCUUGCAGUCGUAACAUGAUGGGGAGAGGGGGCAGCAGAGGCACUUAUGUAGCACCUUGCAAGGUGAAAUGGAGGAGUUUUAGUGUGGACUAGAGAAUACUUUCUCUGGUGUGCCUCCGUGCCCCCGCCUCCAUCUCUUGCUUUCUUGAUACGCUGGUUUCAAACCAUUCAUCCUGGCCGUUGGCAUUCCCAUGUUGGUAGCAACAUGGCAUUAACUCCCCGUCCUGACAGACUGUCUGCUUCUGUCUUGGCUGCACUGUGGUCUUUAUCACGCUGUCAUCCAUCUGUCAACAUUCCUCUUUGUCCUGCCUUGCGGUUUCAACCCCACGCUAUUCACAUACUGCCUGGCUUGCCCAUAACCCCAUUGGCUUUGCUGUUUUACAAUGUUUGAUCAGGGUUUAUGCAAACGUAUGUGUCCCAGGUCUGACCAUGUAACACAGCAGUAUAGUACUUCUAUCUCUCCUAGCUAUCUGUAUGCACUCUUCCUGUAGCAGCUAUGACCAUGUCUAGUCAUUAGAGCAAAGCAGGCCUUUAGGAAAGCAGACGCUGACUGAACUAUCACGAGCUGCUUGCAUGGGCCAUACAGAUGAGACCAAUGAGCUGUCAGUCCUUAGGCUCCUGCUGUGUUUUUAACUUUUCUCAAACUGCUGUGGUUCACCGGUGCCCCCUGGGAAUGUUUGGCUGUCUGUUGCAAAUGGUCGAAGAUGUCUGUCAUUCUGAGGUCAAAAGCGCUUCUGCAACAUGCCCUGUUAUGGUGGACAUCUACAGGCUGUGUCUAGAUACCCCAAAACUGCCUCUGAUUGUCUGGUCUUCUACAACAACCAUCUCCUUGACUGCACAACCAUGUUUAUCUUGGCUGUGCUUCAUGUAAGAGAUUUAAAAUAAAAAAAUAAAACAUGUAUCUGAACACGGGAUUAUUGUUCCCGUGUUGUGCAUUUCCUGUAGUUUAAGGUCAUAUUGAGCUGGUGCAUUUAGCCUCUUACUAUACCUCUAAGUAUAAUAAUUAUCUGGAAAGGUUGACUCAUUCGUGGUAUUAUUCUAAAUGUGUGUAAUUCAUUUGAAUGCCCUCGUCUUCUUGGUCAUACUGUACAUUAAGACGGGUGCUCAAGACAUUUCUCUCUUGGGCAGAAUGCAUGCUAACCAGUUAUUGAUCAUGUGUAUUCCAAUAAGAGUUUCAUCGUGGCUAUUCUGUUUGAUUUGGGUUUCUGUCCUCGGCCCAUUGGCAAGGCUAACAGAUCUACUUUUCCCAGAAUGUGAGAGAGAAAUGAGUCCCAUAUUGAGCAUGGAUACAGCUGAAUAGUGCAAUGGUUGUGUAUCUCAUUGGUUGUUUAGUGAGGGUCAGCUGAUCUUUACCAGUGAGCCAGCAGAGUGAGAAGUAGGGUCAGCUGAUCUUUACCAGUGAGCCAGCAGAGUGAGAAGUAGGGUCAGCUGAUCUUUACCAGUGAGCCAGCAGUGAGAAGUAGGGUCAGCUGAUCUUUACCAGUGAGCCAGCAGAGUGAGAAGUAGGGUCAGCUGAUCUUUACCAGUGAGCCAGCAGAGUGAGAAGUAGGGUCAGCUGAUCUUUACCAGUGAGCCAGCAGAGUGAGAAGUAGGGUCAGCUGAUCUUUACCAGUGAGCCAGGAGAGUGAGAAGUAGGGUCAGCUGAUCUUUACCAGUGAGCCAGCAGAGUGAGAAGUAGGGUCAGCUGAUCUUUACCAGUGAGCCAGCAGAGUGAGAAGUAGGGUCAGCUGAUCUUUACCAGUGAGCCAGGAGAGUGAGAAGUAGGUGCAGCUGAGCUUGGGUUUUGUCUGCUUGUGUUGUGCUGGUGUUGUCCUACAGCCAAUCACAGUUUCUCUUUUUGUUCCAUGUGUCUCUGUUGCACAUUUCAUCCUCAUCAUUAAUCUCCCUUCUUUCUAAUCUACUCAUCCAUACUACACAAACACACACAUACACCUUGAUGUUGCUUGUGUAUAGUGUAAUGAUCUGGACAAAUAUCCAUAACCAACUCGUAUGUAUAUAGAACCACUAUUUCCUCGUUCUCCCAUUGUAAAGAAGUAGUUAAAGUAUACUGAACAAGAAUAGAAACGCAACAUGCAACAAUUUCAACGAUUUACAGUUCAUAUAAGGAAAUUGGUAAAUUUUAAUAAAUCCAUUAGGCCCUACUCUAUGGACUUCACAUGACUGGGUAGGGGUGCACCCACUGGGGAGCCAGGCCAAGCCAAUCAGAAUGAGUUUUCCCCCACAAAAGGGCUUUAUUCCAGACAGAAAUACUCUGCAGGUAUAGAGCUUCUUGAUAUGCCUCACCUGUCAGGUGGAUGAAUUGUCUUGGCAAAGGAAAAAGGUUUACGAACAGGGAUGUAAACAAAUUUGUGUACAAAAGUUUAAAGUAAAAUGCUUUUUGUGCACAUUGAAAAUUCUGGGAUAUUUUAUUUCAGCUCACGAAAUAUGGGACCAACACUUUACAUGUUGCGUUUUAUAUUUUUUAUCAGUAUACAUUUUAAAGUGCUUCAUAUUUAAAGACCUAUCAUAAUAUGAAUAAAUGUGACAGUGCUAUAGAAUGAAUGAAUGUAUGAAGUGAGUAUCAAUAUGAAAUAUAUACAAUUCAUAAGUACAUAUUAUAGGUAAAUGAAAAAAGUUUAUUUCUGUGUAUUCUUUAUGGGGCUGUAUUUAAGAGUGCAAAGAUAUUGUGUCCCUCCUACUUGUCCAAAGUAUUUUUGUCUAUCCUUGGUCUUGUGGGAGACUAUUUCAGCAUAGGGAAGCCACUAGCCCCAUGGUUUUAGCGAUCUUAAUUUGGUGGUGUUCUGAGAACAGCUCUGUGCUUGUGACUUGCCUUAUUGGGGUAUUAUCUUAAACCUUCAUCCUUGGUUUUCCCAUAGUUUGAUUUUCUUCCUCUGAGCUGUAGUUUAUUUAACAACAGAGUCCCCUCCCUCUGAAAACAGGGCUUAUGACGGACGGGUCUUCCUGAUAUCUCUGUCCUUUCCUCCUCCUUUACUGUUAACCCCUAAAUGCAUCAAACAAGCUAAGCUAUAUCGCCUACCUACUUACACGUUACAAUGCAGUCUCAUUUGUUGGAAACAGAACCAAAAUGUGUCUUACUCUUGACACAUCAUCAUCCUCCCAGCCAGCAUAAUCAGGUGAUAUAAUUUACUACAUUGUACCCACACUUGAUUUACCUGAGGAAUAUUCAAAUUAGAUGAUACAAUGUUUCAGAAACUAAACUGAAAUGCAACCCAUCUAAGAACUCAACUCCACAAAAUGCAUUUAUUCAAUUUCAAAAAGUAUUGUUUCCAUACUUGGAAAAUAGACAAAGCAAAAAUAUACAUUUCCAUUUGAGGUGUUACUGCUAGUAUCGCAUACUUUAAGUUGAAGUUAAUUUCUUCGUUUUUUUUUUUUAACUUUGAAGUAAAAAUGUGUUUUACCCCUCUCCAAACCAUAUAUUGUUCAGUAAGUAGAAAAUGGGCUGUGGCUUUUGAAGAGUGUCUGGAGAAUCAGUAAAACUACUCUUAUUUUGUUUUUCUCCGAUCUACUUGUUGUACAGUCUUUUGCGGGUUUAGGUGUGGCUAACCUAUGCAAUUCUACAGUAGUGCUCAUACUAUCCUUAGACACCACAGUGCUGUAUUCAGUAGAGGUCUAGCCUUGCCAGUAGAAUUUGACUUGUGUUGCUGUGAAACUGAUGUCCCUAGUGUGUUUGCUGGGGCAAAUAAAUGAACACUGUUGAACUGUGCAAACAGCAGUUGUCCAUAUGUGAAAGCACAGAGCUAUUAUCUAGCGUAUACCUUAUAUUUUUAUGAAAUGAGAAAAAUAUUCAAAAAGAAAGGGACAUGAAAUAAACAUCUGAAUGUAA